AUGUACACUAAGGUCAUCGUAUUCCUGUGCGCCGCUGGCAUCGCGUCGGCUGGCAACCUCCUCCACGCUGCUCCUGUGGCGUACAGCGCGGCGCCCUCCGUCUCCCACGUGUCGUACACCUCACACGCCGCGCCCGUCGCCACCUACGCCGCACCCGCUUACUCUACAUACGCCGCUCCAGCGAUCUCUGCCUACCACACUUCUCCCGUUGUGACUAAAACCCUGUCCCCCGCCCUGUCCUACUCUUCCGUAGCCCAUUCCGCCCCAUUGACCUACGCAGCCGCCGCCCCCGCCUACUCUACUUACUCUGCUGUGCCUGUCAAGACCGCCGUGACAUACUCGGCUGCGCCCGCGGUGGUCACACGUAACUUACACUGGUCUUGGUGUGAACUACGGAUGGUAGGAGAAGCAUUG